AUGGUGGCAGCGUUUUGAACGAAUCUGGGUCCCAGCGAGUAGAGAGGUGUGUGUGGUGCGACGCGGUGCACGUGCGUUCUCAAGGUUCCCGCAUCGGAACUAUAGGCCUGAAACAACGAAACGACGAAAACGAAUCGACGUGAAAUUGUGUUCUUCCAUCUUGGUGCGGUGAAGUGAACUCCAAGCGACGAAUUUCCAAGAGGAACUGCGAAAGGAACACCUGUGAACUAGUGUGGUACCCGUGUGCCUGGAACGGGUUGAAGCGGGAUCGAGUGGUGACUUGUGCUGGAACGCCAGGCCCCCGGCCCAACCAGGAUGAAGUGACAGCGGUUUUCGGGUGUGUGUGUGUGUGUCUGGGUGCGUGCUUGGAUUUAGCCCCCCCAUCUUUUUAUUUUGUUGUUGAUUUUCCCCCCACACCUUUCCCACCUUCGGCAACUUCAUUUAGUUUCAUUUGGUGUUGUGUGUGUGAGUGCGUGAGUGUGAAGAGAUUUGACCGAGGUGUGAACCUAUUGGAUUGAUAACUGUGGCGGCGAGUGAUCUUGUGGACCUUUCGCCUGUGGAUGCUACGCUGGAAGCCCGAGCUAUUCGACUCACGCCUGUCAGUGGCCCCACAAAGGCCCGGACCAGAGACGACACACGGCAAUGAAGGCGGCAGCGACGUCAUUCUGACAAGAAAGCCGAGCCCGUGAAGAAGAGGUCUCUCACUGACUGCAGCCAGUGUUUCGUAUGAUGGAAGAUGGAUCGCUGGACCUCAGCAGCCUGCGCGAGUCGGACUUCGAGCAGCUGGCCGUGUACCAAGUGCGGGACCAGACAUGCGAGGAAGGCCUGUCCAACAGGGCGGAGGCCUCCCUGCCUCGCAACCUGCUGCUCAAGCCCUCCCAGACGCUCAGUGACGUUCUGGGCGUCUGGAGCACGGACUACAUCCCGCGGGGCACACGGUUCGGCCCCUUGAUGGGCGAUGUGUACCGCAAGGAUGAGGUUCCGGCCAACGCGAACCGCAAGUACUUCUGGCGAGUGUACGACGGGCCCGAUUCGUUCCACUACGUGGACGGCUUCGACGUCAGCAAGGCCAACUGGAUGCGUUACGUGAACCCGGCCUACUCGAGCGAGAACCAGAAUCUGGUCGCCUGUCAGGUCAAGCAGGACAUCUACUUCUACACCAUCAAGCCCAUCUAUCCUAACCAGGAACUCCUGGUCUGGUACUGCCGGGAGUUUGCGGAACGACUCAGCUACCCCAUCACCGGAGAGCUCAUGCUCCAGAGGAUACGGGAGCAACUGCAGCCAGCGGACAAGGAUGACGCCUACUACUCCCGGCCGCACCAGCUGACGCCGCCCGAGGGCAGCACUCGCAGCGACGAGGGCUACCACAGCAAUGGCGGUCCUGAGGACGGCCUCACGCCUCCUGAGGACAGCAGUGACAGCGACAGCGACAACUAUGUGCUCGACUUUAGCGUCAAGGCCAAGCGCAAGCAGCCGCCCGCCGGCGGCAGCGACAAGGCGGAGAAGCGAGACGACAAGUGCGAGUCGGUCGCCGUCGUCGCUGCCGAGCAGCAGCAGCCCGACAAGUCGCCGCAGAACGAGUUCCGGAAGGUCAAGAUCAAGAUGCCCAAGGCGUACCACUACCGCAGCGGCGGGCCCAGCAGCCCUCCCGCGGCCGCGGUGGUCACCACCAGUGACGAGAAUCCGAGGCCCAACAGCUCGAGCUCGCCGGAGCGACGGCACGACGACGAGAAGCGGCUGGGCGCGCUGCACGAGCCAGCCAGUCCCAAGUACGCCAGCGCACCCCGGUUCACUGAGGACGUGCUGGAGCGUAGCGCGAGCUCGGCCUUCUCUACCUACGAGGGCAUGGGCCAGAGGAUCUCGCCGCAAAGUCCCAAGGGUCCUCCGGCUCCUGGCAUUCUCGAGAACUUGCUUCUGCAGCGGUACCAGGAGCGAGCCGCCGCCGCUGGUCCGGAAGCGCCCGCGUUGCGCCGCGAGUCGCUCAAGGAGCCCGUGCGGGUCAUCGUGUCCAGCGAAGUGUCGCCGCCGGCAGCUCCGGACACCUCGGGCGAGGGAGGCCACCCGCCGGGCCCACCGCCACCGCUCGUGUUCCCGCACAAGAAGAGCAUCCGCUACCACCCGGGCAACAGCAACAGUAACGGUGGCAGCCCCGAGAUGCACAGUCCCGACUCCACGGACAAAGCGCACCAGCAGCCCGCCGUGUCGUCUGCCAUGAGCCCUGGCUACGGCGUGCCGGGUUCGGCGCCGGCGAACUACCUCUAUAUGAACGGCAUCGCCCCCAUGUUCUCGCCGGCGCACUUCAACAUGUACGCGUACUCCGUUCCCGAGACUGUGCACUCGUCACUCGCAUCACCGUCGGCGGCUAUGCCACCCUACCCGAAGUUGCCCGAGUUCGGCGGGCACCACGGCCCUCACCAUGCGAUGCUGCCGAUGUCCGCGGAGACCGGCAAACUCCCGCCAUCCGGCGGCAGCUCCCCCGGCAGCAAUAGGCCCUACUCACCGGGCUCCAACCCUCGGGGUUACCGGUCGUUGCCGUACCCGCUCAAGAAGAAGGACGGCAAGAUGCACUACGAGUGCAACAUAUGCUACAAGACGUUCGGCCAGCUGUCCAACCUCAAGGUGCACCUGCGCACGCACUCCGGAGAGCGACCGUUCACGUGCUCCGUGUGCGGCAAGACGUUCACGCAAUUGGCCCACCUGCAGAAGCACCAUCUUGUGCACACGGGCGAAAAACCGCACCAGUGCGACGUCUGCAAGAAGCGCUUCAGCAGCACCAGCAACCUCAAGACGCACCUGCGGCUCCACUCGGGCCAGAAACCGUACGCCUGUGACCUCUGUCCAGCCAAGUUCACCCAGUUCGUGCACCUCAAGUUGCACAAGAGGUUGCACACCAACGAGAGGCCGUACACGUGCCAGACAUGCAAGAAGAAGUACAUCAGCGCCUCGGGUCUGAGGACCCACUGGAAAACCACGUCGUGUCAGCCAAACAUGGUCCUGGACAUGGAGCUCGACAAGGGUCCCAACGGCUACGACUACGGCCCCAUGGAGCUGUCCCCUCCGCCGCCUGGGGCGAUGGAGAGGCACCCCGCGGGCCUCUCCCACCACGGGCUCGGCCCGGCCAGCCCCGGUGACGAGUACCCCCCCGCGUUACACCACCCGCCGCCGCGACCUUCGAGCAAGGAGAGCGACUACCCGUCAUCCUUUCACCGCUCCGACGGCGCCAAGACGUCGGUGAUCAGCAGCGGCCCGGCGUCGCCCGACGACGACCUCUCCAAGAAGUGCCACCCGACGCCCGACAGAGACAAAGAGUGACUGUUUGCGCGUGCCGUGUGCGCCUCAUCGCGCAGAUCGUUUUGUGCGCGAACUCUGUACAAAGCAAAACUCAAGUCAUGGGCCCGGGUGGCCGUUCUCACACAAUCGCGCAACGCGACGUCGGGCGCGCGCGGUAUCUCUCUCUCUCGCUCUCUCACCAGUCUCUGAUAGAGACCGUAUUUAUUGUUUCGCGCGGCUGGAGACGCGGGGGGCUGCGGGCCAGCCGGGCCCUCUUUCCAUACACAUUCCAGGAGCGGCGGUGCGUCUUGUUUUUCGUGGAGGAAAGGAAGCGACUUAGGAGGGAGCAUGACGUCAGGGCAGCUAGACUCGGCAAAGCCAACUUCCCUCUAUACACUCCUGUCACGCCAUACCCUAUACUCUUUGCCUGCCAUCUUGGGCGACCAACCGGUGAGGUGAACAUCAUGCCGCAUAGGUCACGUCACUAACUCGCCCAGCUUUCAACCUUGUCGGCGAGCUGAACCUUGGAAAUCGGAUCCUAUCGCAUCAUUACAGGACCGCUCGUGGAUGUCAUUAGAGGGAAGUCUGACGUUACACAUCAGAACACAGUGGAACCAUGGGCGUUUUUUUUCGUAAUUUAAGUUGUAUUCGUCUACUUGAGCACACUGGCGUUUGUUCUUUCUUGGGUAGCAGGUUCCGCUUGUUUAUUUAGAACGUGGGAACAUUUCAUAACUGCAGAAUCACGAAUCGUCUUAUCACGUCUUUCCCCGUUCAUCCGAAUCAGCUAAGUGAAGUAUCAUCGAGCCAUCAUAUCUUUACACCAGAUCACUGGAAUCAUCGGCACCUGCGCAUAGGUAUCAUGUUAUAAGAGACUAAGUAGGAGACUAAUCAUUGUCCUUCAACCUCCGAGAAUGUUCUCAUGAGAAUCCGAAAUUAUUUCUAGACCAAAAAUGCGAACCUAAUGCAAAGCUUUAUAAUGCCCAGCAUCGCCCAAGCUGGCCGAACAUGUACACUGACGGUGCAAGUAGACAUUGACGUCAGAUUUCCCUCUAGCAUUAGUACGAAACUGUGGUUCAAGGCACUGUUGGGUUCGUGGUAGCCUUUAGCGGCCACACUAUCAACGCUCUCUCCAACAUCGGUGAGGUGACUAGAGGAUACCACUUACCUGAUCACGCGAAAGGGACAUCGUUCCCAUAUCCUCCUCUACAGUUAGAGCCUUGGAAAUUGUCACGUGAUGCUCCCUCCUAGCACUACGAUUCUUAUAUAUUCGCUUUUCCUUCCUCCACGCAUAUCCCCCUUCAUGACGACCCCAGUGCUCUCACAAAAGCUUCGUGCAACAUCGACAUCAUCCACGAAUCGCCAUACACACGGGCUUGUAACGGUGGCGCUGCUUUUCGCGACGCGUCUAGUGCGGAACGUCAUCGCACAAUGCGACUACCUGGUUCCAAUCAAAAAGCGCCCUCUCGAGGCGAUUCUAGAAGAGCCAAUAGCAGAAGUAGCAGCAGAUCAGCGAAGUCACGAUGGAGCUGGAUAACGCAGCAGACAAUAGGAUAAGAUCUUGUGGGUGGUGGUCGCAACAUAUAUUUCCUCUUGGGAUUUUCCAAUCCUGUCGUUUCUCCUUUUUUUCUCUCUAUCUCCCUGUUUUAUGUCGAUGUACCCCCACGCACAGGAAGUCUGGGGAAUCGCCGACUGCCGGUCAGUUGGCGCAUGCGCAAUCCCAUUCCGAUCCCGCCCCAUUUUCUUUAUUAAAGUAUUCCCACCGAAAGAAGCGAUGCUGUUGAAAUCUGUGGUAUCUACACGAGGUACACUGACGUCCUUUGUCUGUCCGCAA